AUGGAUCCAUCCUUAUUGGAACAAUUUCUUGGUCCGUCAUCAACUCAAUUUCAAUUACCACCAUUAAAUGAAGAUGAGAAUGAUGAGUUACAUCCAUUACUUAAUGCUGGAUUUCAACGAUUGAGUCAUACGAGAAAAUCGUUGCCAGCUCGUCCUAAACCACCAUCAUCAGCAGUUAAAUCUCGAUUAAAUUCUGAUAAUGGUACAUCAUCUCGAUCAAGACCAGCUGGUGGAAUUCCAACAAGAAAUCUUGCUGCAUCAAUAUCUGCAGCUGCUGCUAGUGGUGCAAUUGAUGAAGCUACAUUCGAAGAUGCAUUCAAUUCAUCUCAUGCUAUACCAUUUUCAUCGGGUAAAGAAAUUGAAAAUCAAUUAUUAAGCAUUCGAGAUAUAUUAGCUGAUACAAAUAAUGAUUGGGAAAAACGUGUUGAAGCUCUUAAACGAUUACGUUCAAUAAUAGCGGGUAAUGGUGAUCAAUAUGAAGAAUUUUUUCGUAGUCUUCGUCAACUUGAUCUACCAUUAAUAGCAACUGUUAAAGAUUUACGUUCACAAAUUGUUCGUGAAGCUUGUAUUACAUUAGCAUAUAUGUCAAUACGUUUAACAAAUCGUUUUGAACGUACAGCUGAAGGUAUCAUGCCAGCUAUGCUUACUUUAAUACAAAAUAGUGCUAAAGUUAUUGCAACAAGUGGUGCUGUUGCUAUGCGUUUUAUUGUUAGUAAUACACAAUCAAGUAAAUUAAUUCCACUUAUAUUAGCUGGAAUUGAAUCAAAAUCUAAAGAUAUUCGAAGACAUACAUAUGAAUUAUUAAUUACUAUGCUUUCACAAUGGGAUUUUGUUUAUUUGGAUAAACAUGGACAAUUAAUACAUAAUGUUAUAAAAAAAGGUUUAUUUGAUGCUGAUGCUGAUGCAAGAUCAUAUUCAAGAAAAGCAUUUGGAUUUUUUCGUGAUCAUUUUCCUUUAUUAGCUGAUGCUUUACUUGCUUCGCUUGAUGCAUCAAAAAAGAAAACAUUAUUGGGCGAAAUGAGUAAUUCAUCAAGUACACAUUCAUUAGCCAGUACAGGUGCUUCACGAUUGCGUAGUGCUGUGAAAGAAAUUACUCCUAGACAAGGUCGAACAGUGAUUAAUGAUAAACAACAAUCACCAGGUGCUAUUGCUCGAUCAUCUAGUGCUAAUGAACUUGCUUUACGAAAGAAAAAUAAUUUAACAAAUCUAACUACACCAACGGUUCAACAAACAACUGGUCGACCAAGAUUUCUUGCUCAAUCAGCAGCUACUACAACAAAUACAAAAACACCUUCAAUCAAUUCUCGUCCUCCACAUGUUGUUUCUCAAUCACAACCUGGUAGUCGUUCAACAUCACCAAAUUCAAUAAAAUCAUCACAUUACUUAUCAUCUGCAUUACGUACACCAACAAAUGCACGAUCACGAAUACCAAUUGGUUCAAGUGGUGGCUCAAGAAUAUCAAGUCGAGAAUCAAGUCCAGGACGAACACCGGUGACUGCUAGAGGUGGUGGUGGAAAUAAACGUCGAUUUGGACGACCAUAUGGUUAUCGAGCACCAGGAAGUGAUUAUGGUGAACAUGUACGUCGUGUGAGUGGUGCUUGGGGUGCUGAUAGUGGUGAUGAUGCAUCAGAAACAUCAAGUAUAUGUUCCGAAAGAUCACUUGAAGAUAUAGCUGAUGUUUUACGUCGAAUGCAAAGUAAUGAAUGGACUGAACGCAAAGAAAGUCUUGCUAGUUUAUAUCAUAUGAUUCGUUCAGGUCGUGUAUUUAGUACUCAUGAAUUAAAACGUUUAACUGAAUUAUUAACAAAACGUUUUUAUGAUCCACAUUCACAAGUAUUUACAGCAUUUCUUGAUGUUUUACCUGAAUUUAUAACAGCAUAUAAACGUGAAUUAAAUGAAUGGCUUUAUACAUUAUUAACACGUUUAUUAAUACGUUUGGGUGCUCCUGAUUUACUUGAUUCAGUUUAUAAAAAAUUAAAAACAUGUUUAUCAAUUGUUAAUACAUCAUUUGAUGUUCAUGCACAAUUUACUGUACUUAUUCGUUUUAUUAAUGAUAAUUCAUCAGCACCAGGAAUAAAAGCUAAAGAAAUACUUUUAAGAUAUUUACAACAAAUUAUACAACAAAUGGAACCUGUUGAUAUAGCUAACAAUGCAGAUAUUCGAAUUGCUUUAUCAAAAAUUAUUAAUUGGUCAAGUGAACCAAAGAGUUUAGAAAUGCGAAAGGCUGCUCAAGGUGUUGUUCUGGCUUUGUAUAAUCUCAAUAGACCAGAAUUUACUUUAAUGCUUACUGCUUUACCAUCUACUUAUCAAGAUGCAGCUGCAAAGAUUCUUCGACCAAGUAAUAGUAUGCAAUCAUCCAUACAUUCACAACAGGAUAAUAAAUUUGAUUUUCUUCAACGAUCAAAUAGUAAUGGUUUAACAUCUUCAAUGACAAGUUCAAUUCAUUCAGAUGUUCAAACUCCAUCAUAUGCAUCAGACAUGCGUGUUUUAAUGGAAAAUAUGCAAGCAUUAAAUAUAAAUCAUCGACAAGAUGAUAUAUUAUUAUCAAGUUCAAGUUCAUUAAAAGAUAGUGGGUAUCAAGAUAUGCGUUCAAAUGCAAGCCGACAUUAUACACCUCAAGCUUAUCGUUCAAAUCAAUCUCAAAGCAAUGUUACAGAAACGUCAGAUAGUAUUCUUGAUGCUGCUGAUCGUCCAGCUGCAAUAGAUAUAGCACUUAAUAUGGUAAAUCAACCAACAUUAGGAAAAGAACAACGUCAACAUGCAUUACGUUGCAUAUUAAAAUUUUCGAAAUUAAAUGAUUCUGAUACAUGGAAUUUAGCAUUUAGUAAAACAUUAAAUAUUUUAACACAAAUUCUUGAUAAUGAACAAGAUGAUAUAUUAUACAAAGUUUAUAGUCUUCGUAUAAUACGUGAAUUAUUAACACAUCAUACAAGUUUAUUUAUGAAUUAUAUUGAAUUAACUAUAUUUCGAAUAUUAAAAGCACAGAGUGACACAGAAAGUGAAAUAACUCGUUCAGCUGAACAAGCAGCUCAUGCUGCAGCAGAAUAUUUACCAGCUGAAAAUACUAUUCGAGUACUUAAACCAAUAAUUGAACAAGCAAAAUAUCCAAUGAAUCAAUCAGCUAUUGCUAUGUUACAAAAAACAAUUGAAUUAAUGAAUAAAGAUACAUGUACUGAACUGAUGCCUGAAAUGAUUCCACCAUUAUUAACGUCAUGGGAUAGUGAAACAUCAAGUGUACGAAAAGCAGCAGUUUUUUGUUUGGUUUCAAUUUAUUUAGUUGUUGGUGAUAGUCUUCGUACUCAUUUGCAUAAAUUAAGUGCAAGCAAGCUCAAAUUAUUGAAUGUUUACAUUUCAAAAGCUCAACAGCAAACAAGUAAUACAAGCAAUUUAGAAAAAUCAUCAACAAUAAGUAUGAAUAGCAACAAAAUUUAA